AUGUUCCCAUGAAAAAAAAUCAGAACCUUUUAGCAAUUUCCUAGCAGUUCAUGACAGGGCGAAUGAUCUUUUAGGGCAGGUGGGGAAUUUCAAACUAUUACUCACAGAUAAAUAAUUGAAGUAAUCAAUAAUUACGUGGAGAUGAAUUUAUUCUCUUGAUAUCAACACUAUAUUUUACUUUGUCUGCACGAUUUACAACGAUUUACUACUCGACAUGUAUUUUUGAGGUUCACUCGUUCAUCAUUGAAACUGAAGAAGUCUUGGAAUCAUCCACACGCAGCGCUGCAGGCAGUUGAAGUUGAAGUGUUGUGACAGGCAUUGACAUUUCGUGUUGUUUUGGAGCAAAAAGUGGAGUAGAAUGCCUGCCCACGAGGAUGAUCCUUACGCCCAAGUGUCCAGGACUACUCUGAAACUAAAGAAUGACGAAACUGUCAGCAAAAAAAAAAAACGAAAACAAGAGAAGAAGAAAAAGCUGGUCGAGGUAUCGAAAAUCGUAGAAGAGGAGGAGCAGCCGAAGCACGUCGUCCAGAGGACAAAAGCAGAACUGGCGUUCUUGAAAAUGCAGGAGAAAAUGCAAACUGAGAGGAUCAAGCAGAAGGCAUCGAAGACCCAUAAACAGAGGGUCGAGGAGUUCAACAGACACCUCGACAGCCUCACCGAGCACUUUGACAUCCCCAAGGUCUCCUGGACGAAAUAAUCAACGCAAUUUAUCAUUAAUCUUUAUUAUUAUCAAUUUAUUGCAUUAGAGUAUCUCGACGUUUAUAAAAUAAUGAACAUUAAUUUCAUUCUCAACGAGUUGAUGAUCGACAGAUGUGUCUGCUCCCAAUAAAAAAAUUGUAAAUAUUCAACAAAUAAAGUACAAAAUAUCUCGCAAUAUCUGUCAUUUUGUGCUUCAUGAGAUUCAAUAUCCAAAGAACAAUGUAAAAAUAUAUGAAUGUAAGGCACGGAUAUUUGAACAUUUAAAAAACAUCCCCAUGAACAAGUCGCCUAUAAUUUCUACAAAUGGACGGAAUGAGUCAAUCAUCUUAAAGCCCGGGUGUACUAUCUUUCGAAUGUUAUCUCGAUGUUUUUUUUUAUCUUUCGUUUUCUGAAAUUG